GGGCGUGACUUUGAUAAACCCAACCCCCUCCUGCUCCCUAACCACGCCCACCACGCUGUUCCUUCCAGUCGGGUUUACAGCACGAGAACUUGUCUUCCUCGCUGCUCUCCAUCGAUCCAUUAGGUCUCGUGGCUUAAGCCGCCAGAAUGUCCUUCCUGGAUCAGCCGUGGUGUCCCACCAGCGUCCAGGUGACGGUCCUUCAAGCCCGUGGCCUGAGGGCGAAGGGCAAAGGCGGCACCAACGAUGCCUACGCGCUCAUGCAAGUGGGCAAGGAUAAGUACCAGACCUCCGUGGUGGAGAAGAGCGUGGCGCCGGUCUGGAAGGAGGAAGCCGUCUUCGAGCUGCCUCAGCACGGAGCGGGAGGGGAGAGAGCCACGCUGCAUGUACACGUCCUUCACAGGGCUCUGGUUGGUCCGGACAAGUUGCUGGGCCAGGCCGUUAUCAACUUGCUGCAACUCAGUGAGGACAAGACCCGCGACAAGACCGAGUGGUUCAAGUUAUUGGACAAGACGGGCAAGGUGGACAAAGACAGAGGAGAGGUCCUCGUGGACAUCCAGUUUUUGAGGAACAACAUGACAGCCAGCAUGUUUGACCUCUCUGCCGCGGGCAAACCUCGCUCCCGCCUGGGCAAACUGAAGGACAAAGUCCGUGGUAAGAAAAAAGAAUUGGAUCAGGUGGCGGCGCCGUCCUUCAAGCAGGUUCUGACCGACAGCGAGGAAGAGGAGGAUGACGGCCAGUCAGCUGCAGGCAAAGAGGAGAAGAAGAAGAAGCAAAAGUUAAAGACUUUGUUUUCUCACAAGUCCAACCUGCAGAGGAACAUGUCACAGUCCAUGUCGGUGCUGCCUGCCAAGAACUCCUCACUGAGCGGCAGCUUGUCUUCUGGUCUUAAUGUGGAUGCCUCGGAAGGUAAAAAGAAGUUCAAGUUCAUGAAACAUAAGCGCUCAGGCAGCUCGGACAGCAAAGAUCCAUUCGGUCAGAAACACUCCUCUGUCGACAAAAGCAACCUGUGCAUCAACGGCAGCCAUGUUUACUGUGAGGAACCUCCUCCUCGCGCCACUCGUGUCGGAUCCAGCUUCAGUCUGGCCAGCUCAGGCCACGGGUCCAUGGAAGAUGUUCCGGAAAGCUCACCCCCGUCAGUUGAUUCGCUUCCUGCAAUUAGGCAGUACACAACCUGGGAAGAGGAAGAGGAGGAUUUGGAAGAUGGGAAUGCUAAGAUUGACAGGUUUGAUGAAGAGAAGGAGAGAAUGAGACGUGAAGAAGAACGGGACCGAUUAGAGGAGGAGGAGGAAGAGGAGAGGAGGAGGAAUAUGGAGAAGUUGAGAAAGGAGGAUGAAAAGAGGAUAAGAGAAGAAGAGCAGGAAAGACUAGCAGAGGAAAAGAGGAGACUGGAAGAAGAAGAACAGAGAAGGAACGAAGAAAAGGCAAGGAAGGAGGAGCAAGAGAGAAUGAGAAGACAAGAAGAGCUGGAAAAAGCAGCAGAGGAGAUGAAGAGACUGGAGGAAGAGGAGAGGGAGCGGAAUGAAGAGAAGUUGAGAGAGGAGGAAGAAAGAAUGAUGCAUGAAGAAAAAGCCAAGGAGGAGGAACUAGAGAGGAUGAGAAGACAAGAAGCAGAAGAGCAGGAACGACUAGCAGAAGAAAAUAGGAGACUGGCAGAAGAAGAACAGAGAAGGAAUGAGGAAAAGGCAAGGAAGGAGGAGCAAGAGAGAAUGAGAAGACAAGAAGAUUUGGAAAGAGCAGCAGAGAAGAUGAAGAGACUGGAGGAAGAGGAGAGGAAGAGGAAUGAAGAGAGGUUGAAAAAGGAGGAAGAAGAAAGGAUGAUGAAUGAGGAAAAAGCCAAGAAGGAGGAACAAGAGAAGAUGAGAAGACAAGAAGAGGAUGAGAGGAGAAGGAAUGCCGAGAAGGCAAGAAGGGAGGAAGAGGAAAAGAGAAGACAAGAGCUGGAAAGAGCAGCAGAGGAGAUGAAGAAACUGGAGGAAGAGGAGAGGAAGAGGAAUGAAGAGAGGUUGAAAAAGGAGGAAGAAGAAAGGAUGAUGAAUGAAGAAAAGGCCAGGAAGGAGGAACACGAGAGGAUGAGAAGACAAGAAGCAGAAGAGCAGGAAAGACUAGCGGAGGAAAAGAGGAGACGGGAAGAGGACGAGAGGAGAAGGAAUGACGAGAAAGCAAGACGGGAGGAAGAGGAGAAGAUCAGGAAAGAAGAAGAGCUGGAAAGAGCAGCAGAGGAACAUAGAAGGAUGGCAGAAGAGAGAAAAAGGAAUGAGGAGAAGGCAAGAAAGGAGGAAGAUGAGAGAAUCGCAAGACGGGAAAAAGAGCUAAGGAGACAAGAGGAAGAAGAGAGGAUGAAGAGGGAAGAGGAACGGGUGAGAGAGGAGGAAGAAAGGAUGAGGAAUGAAGAAAAGGAGAGGAAGGAAACAGAAGAGAGAAUGAGGAGGCAAGAAGAAGAGCGAGAAAGAUUAGCCGAGGAGAAGAGGAGACUGGAGGAAGAAGAGAAGGAAAGAAAGAAGGAAGAGGAGAGGACGAGAAGACAAGAAGAGCUUGAAAGGUUAGCAUUAGAGGAGAAUCGGAGAGCGGAGGAAGAGGAGAGGACCAGGAUGGAGGAGAAAAUGAAACAACAGGAAGAGGAGAUUAGAAGACAGGAAGAACAACUUGCUGAAGAAAAGAGGUUGGAGGAGGAGGAGAGAAGGAUUGCAAUGGCAAGACAGGAUGAACAAGAGAGGAUGAGAAGACAACAGGAACAACUUGAAGAGGAAAGGAGGAACGAGGAGGAAGAGAGGAGAAAAAGGGAGGAAGAAAGAAAAAAGAUGGAGGAAGCAAGUAGAAGGGAAGUCGAUGAGAGGGUGAGGAAUGAAGAAGACGAGAGGAAAGUGGUGGAGGAAAGAAAUGGGAAGGAACAAGAGAGGAAACCGGAGGAGGAGCGGAAGAGGAAGGACAAAAAAGACAUGAUGGAGGAGAGGAGGAGAAGAGAAGCUGCCGAGAGUCUUGAACGCAUUCCUUCCACCAAUCCAUUUGAUGAAGAUGUUUCUCAUAAUGAUGACAUAAUUCCUAACUUGUCUUCCGGGUCAAAGGGCAGCACACUGGACACUGACACCGCCAUCUUGGAAAGCCAUCGAGUGGGAAGCAAAACCAUUUCCGUGGACGAAAAGAAGCGACCAGCUCCCCAACCUCCAUGUAGGACGCAAGGGGAGAGACCUAGUCAAGGAGAGCAGGAUGGGCCGACACGUCAGCUGGUGCUGAUGGCCAAGCAGAAUAAAGACAAAGAGAUGAAAACAGCCAGUGUCCCACCUCAGAGCAGAUCUCUCCCAAAUGCAAAAGACAACACCAGUGGGACUUCCUCAGCAGCCAAACACGCUAAACGUCCAGCUCCUUCAAUACCUAACUCCGAACCAAGGACUGUCCCAGCUAGCUUAAAUCCAUUUGAAGAUGAAGACGACGACGAUGAUGCAGCAUCCACUCAUGAGUCCACUUCAGUGUCACGGCCGCCACCUAUGUCCCAAACUUCUAAUGUAGCAUAUGAAACCAAAGUCAGAUCCUCCAAGGCCCGUGCACCCGCACCACCGGCGAAGACCCUUGCAGCUAUACAAAGCACACCAAAUAAUAAACAGAACCUUGACCACAUCGACACUACACAUGAGGACGACCAAGCUUUGUCAAACCAGGAGAGUCUGCCGAAAGAGUGUGGACCAAAGCAGCCUGCAGUGGAGGAAGAAAGCGUGAAGAAGGAAGUGCCUCCUCCAGCAUUACGAAGACUCCAUCCUGUGAAACCCCUCACUUCUCAGGAACAGAAUCCUGUCUCAGCCACAGAAAGAGAAACUGUUGGUGAAGCUCAGGAGAAAACAAAGGUAAAAGAAAGCGAUGCAAAGGGGCCGUACUCCAUGCUUACCAAGGAUGAACUCAUCUCCCUGGUCGUAAAACAGGAGAGCCAGCUGCAGCAGAAAGAUAAAAAAAUAGCAGAGCUGGAGCAAUACAUCGACAAUUUACUCGUGCGUGUCAUGGAAGAGAAACCCAGCAUUCUCAUGUCGCUGAAGAAAGUCGCCUAAAGUGGAUUUGCAGCACCUGCACAUGAAUGUCAUUUUAUACUGUACACCUGCAUCAUAGAAUCAUUUCCAAAUAUGUUAAUUAGUACAAAGAUACUCUUUCUAAAUCUUAUUUACAUUCCAGAUAUUUUGCUUUAUAUAAGCAGUGCUGAUUUAAUGACAACCUGAAUGAUGCCAACAUUAAUUGCCGUUUCAAUUGCAAUUGUUUGUCUUCAGUGUAAGACUUGCCUUUUGUAUGUUUAAAACUAUGCAGCUGUUACAUAUUACCGACACGCCUUCUUGCACUGAUUGUUAAACGUUUACUUGAUUUCCCCCCCAAAAAAGCACUUUACUCUGUUUGCAGAAUUGCAAUUUUUACACUGAUGAAGUAUUAAACUAUGCAAAACAAAGUGCCAAUGUCCUUAUUACUACA